ACACGACUCAUUGCUCUCCUAAACACACGGCGACGUUGUUUCUGCUGAAGCAAAUCUUAUCAGUGUCGGACGAGUAGUUGUCUUUGAGGACAGAGCUGGGGGGAGGGGAGCGAGCUUCACGUUUGUUAUUCAGGCGGUGGAAAUAUCGUUGGUAUUGCUGGCUCAGUCACUGCAGCCACUAGAUGGAGGCUCCCCCACAGCUGUGCAGCGAUGGACCAACACCAGCCUUCCCGACGGGGCUUAAAGUCAGAGGAGGCGGAGGCAGAGAGGCUAAUCGAAGAAGGAGGGUCGGGGCAGCGAGUCGAUGGGAGUCCCGAUGAUGGCCACGCUGAGGACCUCGGUGGCCUUUCUGCUUCACCUGGCUUCCUCUGUGGCGGCGCCGGUGCCGUGUGAGGAGAGCGUGAGCCGGCUGGAGGCGGAGAUCCAGGGGUUGAUAAACGUGAUCAGUGAGCAGCACCGCUACAUCCAGGAGCUCCACAGCAGCCAGGCGCAGCAGCUGCAGCAGAUCCCCAACUCGUACCUGGGCCUCGACGACCUCUACAGGGACUGCUCCGAGGUGUUUGAGGAUGGAAACGUGGCCAGCGGGCUGUACGUGAUUCGGCCGGACGGCGCUCCCACGGCGCUGAGCGUGUACUGUGACAUGAACCACGGAGGAGGGUGGACCGUCUUCCAGAGGAGGAGAGACGGCAAAGAGAGCUUCGACAGGGCGUGGGUGGAGUACAAGCAUGGAUUCGGAGACCUCUUCUCUCCUGCUGGAGAGUUCUGGUUGGGCAACGAACCCCUGCACCAUCUGACAUCACAAGGGAACUAUGACCUGCGCAUCAACAUGGAGGACUUUGAGGGGAACGAGCGCUACGCCGAGUACAAGAAUUUCAAGGUGGAAGGCGAACAGGAUCAGUACCAGUUACAUCUGGGCGAGUUCACCGGGAACGCUGGCGACGCUCUGGCCGACGCCCACGGGGCGGGACCGGGGAGUCCGUGUGCAGACGGGGUGAAGUUCAGCACCUAUGACCGGCCAAACUGCAUCGACGCCGACGUUCAGUGCGUCAGACACAGCAAGUCGGGCUGGUGGUUCAGCAGGUGUAACGCAGGUAACCUGAACGGUCACUACUACGACGGGCCGUUCGAAGCCAUGACGGACGACGGCGUGGUGUGGUACACGUGGCACGGCUGGGCCUACUCCAUCAAGUCUGUCGUCAUGAUGAUUCGAGCGUCCGACCUCGAAGCGCCGCCUCCAGCGGACGUUUACCUGUCAGGAGGUCCUAACCUGGUCCCGGCGGCGGGCCGAGGCGCUCCGUGAAGCUGAGGUCGCGUUGAUGCUGUGAAAUAAAGUCAGAGCGCCUUCGUAUGAUGUCAUGUCGCAUUUAUUCUGUCCAAAAUAAAAGAACAUUAUACACUGAGGCAUUCUAGGUAAAUCUGAGGUUUUUCAGGACAAACAGAAACAGUAAAACAGGCCAGUGUGUCAGUGAGGGAGGGGCACGGCACAGCAGGUCAGACUCCGUUCUGAUUGGGCACUGGUCUGCAUAUCUGGCUCUGAGGCCGGCCCCCAACGUCGAACAUCCACGGGUGAUUACAUUCCACAAAGCAGGUUAAGGUCGAGGUCGUGACAGGGCAGAGGUCUGUGCGAGGCGUGAUUCCGUCCCAGGCGGGACGCUGAUUGAGCUUCGCUCUUUGGAGGGGGAAAAAAAAAAAAAAAAAA